AUGCUCACCAGAACCCCAAGUGUUGUUGCCCAAGUGUUCCUCCUCCUAAGCAUAGUUCUUGUCAUUGCUAUUGCAGUGAUUCAGAUAAAUCAGCAACACAUCCUCUCCCCAGGGCUUAAGUAUGGAAUAGUCCUUGAUGCUGGCUCCUCUCGUACUACAGUCUAUGUCUACGAAUGGCCAGCAGAAAAAGAAAAUGACACUGGAAUAGUAAGCCAAACCUUCAAGUGCGAUGUGAAAGGCCCUGGUAUAUCCAGCUAUGAGAGUAACCCUGGAGCUCUUGCCAAACCCUUUGAUGACUGCCUGAAUAAAGUCAAGGAGAGAAUACCAGUUCAUCUGCAUAAAAACACUUCUGUUUAUCUGGGGGCUACAGCUGGCAUGAGACUACUGAGGUUGCAAAAUGAAACGGCAGCCAAUGAAGUCCUUACAAGCAUUCAAAACUACUUCAGAGCACAACCUUUUGAAUUUAGGGGUGCGCAAAUCAUAACUGGGCCAGAGGAAGGGGUGUAUGGAUGGAUAACAGCCAACUAUUUAAUGGGCAAUUUCUUAGAGAGAAACCUUUGGAGGACAUGGGUCCGUCCUUACAGAAAAGAGACUAUGGGUGCACUGGAUCUUGGAGGAGCUUCCACUCAAAUAUCAUUUAUCCCAGACGACUCUCAAGAGAACGCUAAUAGCACCUUGCAAGUGAAGUUGUAUGGUUAUAACUACAAUGUCUACACUCACAGCUUCCAGUGCUAUGGGAGAGACGAAGCUGAGAAAAGGCUUCUAGCAUUGCUGCUCCAGAAAUCAAACACCAGUUCCAAUGUGGAUAAUCCGUGUUACCCUCAGAAUUAUAAUACUGCAUUAACGAUGAAGUACUUCUCUGGCAGCCUUUGUACACAGUCUCUGAGACCGGCAAAUUACCACCCAAACCAACUCGUGAACUUCCAUGGAACAGGAGACCCAGGUCUGUGCCAGGAGAUGGUUUCUCUGUUGUUUAACUUCACUGCUUGCAGAGACAGAGAAGACUGUCCAUUUAAUGGAAUAUAUCAGCCAAAAGUUAAAGGGAAUUUUGUGGCUUUCUCGGGAUUCUACUAUACAAUUAAUGCUUUGAAUUUAUCUGGGCACUUUUCCCUAGCUGACUUCAAUUCAAGUAUGUGGGUUUUCUGUUCACAGAGCUGGGCACAGCUCCAGUUUAUGCUGCCUAAAUUUGAAGAAAUAUAUGCUAGAUCCUACUGUUUUUCAGCCCAUUUCAUUUAUUACUUGCUUGUACAUGGUUACAACUUUGAUGCAGAAACUUGGCCACAGAUACAUUUUCAAAAGGAGGUUGGUAACAGCAGUAUAGCAUGGUCACUCGGGUACAUGUUAAGCCUCACGAACAUGAUUCCAGCAGAAGGCAAGCUGAUCCAAUUACCUCUGAAACCUUCUUUGUUUGCUGGGCUCCUCGUCUUCCUCACAGCUACGGCACUGUUGUGUCUUCUCUUCCUUGUUUACUUGUGUAUUGUAUCACGCAAUCGGAAGAACAUCAAUUGUGUUGAACAUGUAUUUAUUCCAGAAUGA